GCAGAAAAUCCAUCCAUGGCAUGUGGAGGACUCUACCCUUCUGCAAGCAGCUGUCCAGCUGUGUGCUCCCAACUCUUUCUGCUCAGCACUAAUCAGGGCUGAGUGUGCAAGUGCCCCACUUUGUAGCACUAUGGAGUGCCCAGCAUGGGAACUCCUGUUGCCCUCCAGCCCAUGCCACUUAUAGGGAGAUGGUGAACACCUGUUCUGUGGAACAGACAGCGGCAGAGGCUCAAGCACCAAGAGGUGUGCUGGAGAGGGAGAAGGAAGCUUGAUUCCAAGAGCAAACCUUCACACUAUGUACCAAGCAAUAAUGCGUAUGGUGGUGAAUUCCAUUCUCAGCCAAUGUACUCUCAGCCUGCAUAUUCCUACUAUCCGGAAGAGGAAGUUCAACACUUCUACAAAUGGUCCUCCCCUCCAGGAAUAAUCAAGAUCAUGUCGGUUCUCAUAAUAGUGAUGUCCAUUGGCAUCUUUGCAUGUGUUGCAUCCACGUUGGCUUGGGACAUGGAUAUGUAUGGAACUGGCCUGGGAACUGGUCUGGGAACUGGUAUGGGAACUGGCUAUGGCUAUGGUAUGGGAUCUGGCUACGGCUAUGGUAGUUCCUUUGGUGGCUUUGGAAGUUCUUAUGGCUAUGGCUAUGGAGGAAAUUAUAUUGAUCCACGAGGAGCAAAAGGCUUCAUCAUUGCAAUGGCAGCUUUUUGCUUUAUUGCUGGAUUAGUGGUUUUUGUAACGGGCGUUACCAAGACUAGCAUAGCCAGGUCAAGGAUGUAUUACCUCCUCCUGAUAAUAGGAAGCUCCAUCUUCCUCUUUUUGAUAUUUAUUGCGGCCAUUGUAUAUACACUAGCAGUGAACCCAACUGCACAAGCUUCUGGAUCGAUGUACUACAAUCAGAUUUAUGCCAUGUGCAGCUCCUUUUACUCUCCUACAAACACUGGAGUCUUUGUGAAUCAGUACUUGUAUCACUACUGUGUGGUGGAACCUCAGGAGGCUAUUGCCAUUGUAUUGGCCUUCCUCCUUGUUGUAGCUUUUGCCAUAAUAAUAUUCUUUGCAGCAAGAACCCGAAGUAAAAUGAAUUACUAUGGCAAAGUGAAUAUCCUGUGGGACCACGUAAAAAGUUAUGAAGAGGCUCCCAAUGUAGAAGAAUGGGUGAAGAACAUAAAUCCGGAGCCAGCAAUACCUACCCCUGUAGCUGACUAUACAGAUCGAGUGGCCAGUUCUGUGGGUUACUCAGUUUCUGAAGUUCCUGUACAACAGAUCUAUAAUGACAAUAGCUACAGAGCUACUCCGAUACCUGAAGUGAAUUUAACAAAGAGCCCAAUGCCACCUCAGUAUGCCAACACGAGCAGUUACAAUGGGUCAGCUAAGGAGCCAGCACAAAAAGGAAGAGCAGGAAGAGCAAAGAGAACCUACACCGACAACUAUGAUGCAGAUUACACCACUGGAGGAGAGUCUUGUGAUGAACUGGAGGAGGACUGGGACAGGGAAUAUCCACCUGUAUCAUCCGAUCAACAAAGGCAAGCAUACAAGCGAGAUUUUGAUGCAGGUCUACAAGAAUACAAGCGGUUGCAAGCAGAGCUUGACGAAAUCAGCAGAGAAAUUUCUCGUCUUGAUAAAGAAUUGGAUGACUACCCUGAAGACAGUGAAGAAUAUAGGUCUGCUGCUGAAGAAUACAACCGACUGAAGGAUAUAAAGGCAUCAGCAGACUAUAAGAACCGCAAAGCCCACUGCAAGGCACUAAAGAGCAAACUGUCGCACAUCAAGAGGAUGGUCGGUGAUUAUGACAGACGAAAGUCAUAACAAGAAGAAAGAAAGACAGCCUGGUUGCUUAAAUAUGUUAAUUUUCAUAAAGGUGGGACAUGAUUGUGUUGGACCACAGAUAAUGACAGGGCGAUAUUUUCACCAAAACAACACUUGUGCCAUGUUUACUAUGAAGUAUGAAAUUGAGCACUCAGUAUAUGAGACCUCUUAUUGUUUCACUGAGUCAAGGAAUUUCACCACUCAUCACAUCAGGUUCAUCCGUUUUAAUAUGUAGUGGGCAUCUUCCUGUCCUUUGUCUGCGAUGACUCAUCCUCCAUUCACCUCUGUAUGUCGCAUCUUAUUUUUAAAAGCAGUUGAGAAAUGUCCCCCCCCCCCAAAAAAUAAUCUUGUGCCCCCCCCAAUAAUCCAGUCCUCCCUUUCUUAAAGAUUUAUUGCCACAUUGUAUCCUUCUAAAUGCCAUUCAUAGUGUGGUCUGGGUGCUUCUUUCAAAAGGUACGUUUCUUCAUUAUUUUGUUUUCGAAACAUAGCAACCAAUUUUCCUUGUAAAUGUCAAAAUAUUAAGAAUUGUAUUUUUUAGGUGCAGCCCAGUGUUGAUCAUUCUGUAUGGUAUCAUCAAUGUCAAUGUGAAACUAAAUGUAAAUAUAUCUAUUAUUUUUUUUAAAUAACCAUUUGUAUUGUAGGGAAUGUUUUCAUUGUACAAAUGUAGCUUUGAGUAGCAGUGUUUUGACUCUUAAUAUCUUCUGUGGAUUGACUUUUGAGUUGUAUCUGAGUAUGUAAAAAAGGAUUGACUACAGCUAGCCUGGUUCUUCUAAGUUGCCAAAGUCCGGACCACUCUGCAGUGAAACAGUUUUGCCAUAGCCAAAGAAGAAUGGAAACCAAAGUAGCAACUGAUCAUUUUAUAAACAUGUGGGUGCUCCUUUUUGAAUGUUAUGUUUAACAAAAGCACCGUCACUUAGGAAUACCCAGUGAAAAUCCAAAUGAAUUGUAUACUUAGUGCGAUCCAGUGCUCUCUUAGGUCAGUUCUUAGCACACUCCAUGUCUGCCAUAGCACAAAUGCAAUAGCCUUCAGUUCUCCAAGAUUUGUAUUGCCCCCUUUUCCCAAAGCGAAACAUCAUCUGAAGUAGCAAACAAGCCAUUGUUAACAUUAACUGCCCCUUGUCAGUUUAGAUAACAUGACAAGCUGUGGCUAAGUCUCCCAGCUCCAUUUCACACUUGUGCUGGUGACUGGCGAGUGGGGGCAUUUGAGAUGAAGACUUUGCUGCAUAAGUUCUCAUUAUGCUAAACUAUGGUUUAACUUGACAUCUGAACCAGGAAAUUGGUUCCAUGAGAUUAAGCUACUAAUCUAUAUUGGCAUAUCAAGGCUAAAGUUUAACACUUAGUUGUUGUUUUCUUUUUGAGGCAUAUUUCUCACAUUAUUUUGAUAUAUUCAUGCUAGGUUAAUCACUUUUUUAGUCAAACCAAAAUACAACAAAAAAGGUGUGUAUGCUUCCUGUUUUGUGACACUUUUGACAUAAUAACGGAUAAUACAAAUUUUUGCAUUUUUCUUGUGGGCAGACUUAUUUACUUAUUUCUUUGCUACAGUUACCGUAGCUCAGUUUUAAACACGGCAGACUCACACCCUGCGUGCAUUUAACUUGUGUGAAUACAGCUUUAUGUGCCCGGCAGCCGGUCAACUGACAUCACACAAAUUAAAUGCACACAAGGCAGAGAGCUGUUAGGCUCUCAGAUUUGCUUACUGGGCUUUGGAAGACUGUCACAAGGGUUCUGGAGGCCGCCUCAAGAUCUUGUUGGGACUUUGUGAGACCCCAGAGCUUGCUAAGCAAGGCUUAAAAGCUCUGUGCCUCACAUGGGGGACAAGGCCCACUCGGCACACCAGCUUCAGAAGAAGGGGAGGGGUGAUGAUGCCAGUAUUGGUUCAGGGAUUGUUCUGACUAUAUGCUAAAUUGGCUUUAUAAAUGUAACCCCUGAGCAACUUGCGAGUCUACUGUAGUUGCAUUGUGAAUAACAGCACAAUAUUAUCCAUGUUUGCUAGUGGAGUAUAGAUGCUGUCUAAUCUUCAUGCAUUCCAUGAUAAUUAAAAAUGGCAGUUCCUUGUUCAGAAAAGGCCACAGUUGUAGUCUGCCAUUCUGCAGCUCUGGCUUGCACUGCUUUUGGGGAAAGUAUAUUUGCCUGAAAGCACCCCCUAUACAUCCAAGACUCUAGAUCAGGAAUAGGCAAACUCGGCCCUCCAGAUGUUUUGGGACUACAACUCCUAUCACCCCUAGCUAACAGGACUAGUGGUCAGGGAGGGUGGGAGUUGAAGUCCCAAAACUUCUGGAGGGCCGAGUUUGCCUGUGCCUGCUCUAGAUAACGGACAAUGUUCAUAAGGAUUUUAAUGGACUGAAUAAAGAAAAACAAAUUCCUUGAAUUUGGCAAAAGAAUGGAAAGUGUGCUUUUAAUUUGUCUUAAUUGGAACAUAACUGUGUACGUAAUGGCUGAUUUGUAUUUUUUGUUAUAUGGUGUCAAUAAAAUAAUGUGCUUAAUACUAA